AUUCACAUUUUACAUUUUCUUGAUCUAUAUAUACAUUGAGCUUUUCUCAUAAAAACUAAAUUGUUCAUUUAUUUCAUUAACGAUUUUGCUUAUGGAAUUAAUCACAUGAUUACUUUCAUAUGAUGGUAACAUCAUACGUCAAAAUAGAAUUGCCAUCGCUACAAUCUCAUAUCCUACACUAGGCCAUUCUGACAAAUUGGAAAAGGAUUACAAACAUAAACGAAACAUGGAAAAUAAAUUAAACAUAAACAAAACACACAAAAUGAAACGAACGUGAACAAAACAUAACACUGCAUUACACGCAACACUGCUUGGUAAGACUGACUUUCUUUGGCUGUUGGGGUACUUUGAAAUGCUUUUUCAUCAAUUUUCUUCUCUUUGUUGAGUAUGCAUCAACUCAUACACACUCUUCAUUCUAUAAUUAUUCUUAUAAAUUUAACUUUUUCCAAUACUAGCCAAUAUUUCUUUUUCAUUUCUUUCUAAAUUCAUACCUUGACCUUCUUCCAUUUCCACAUCUUUCUCUCCUCAUUUUUUGUACAUUCUCAUUCCGUUCUCCAAGUUUUUCCUUAAUUUCAAGGUUGAUUCAAUUCCAUUUUCCUCUCCACUAUCCCAUCUAAGUUCCCUUUCCACCUCAUCAUCACCCUCUUCCUUCCUCUUUCCAUUUCCAAUGUGCAGAUGAUUGUGGGCUACAGAUUUUAAACUGACAUAACCAUUAAUACUUUCAAGUUCUUGAUCAACAAUUUUCAAUAAUUCUCCACUGCAAGGAUUUGACAAGUUAUCAUUACAAGGAAUCAGAUCAAAUGCUUGUGAAUUUUUAGAUUGAUUUCGGUAUUCAAAUCUAGGUUUUGAAAAAUGUUCCAACUUACCAUGGUUAGAAAUCAACUCCACGUCAAGACUAACUUUUUGAUAGUGAUUAUAGUUACCACAAACUCUGUUUCGAAUUCUAUGAUACCAAAAGAGAUUCUAUGAAGAGUUCUACGAAUUCUAUGAAGAUGAAGAUGCAGUUUAAGUCUAUAAAAAUAAUUAUGGAUUGAUGUUGUCAGUUGGCAGAAUUCAUUUGUAUUGGUAUUGUGCAGUCUUCAAGUUCACCAUGUCUGCUCAUAUUUCGAGAAGAGAAACGUUACCUGAGCGUUGUGACAUUAGCUCAGAUAAUAUAAAUCCUUGACAAACCCCCACUUCCCCCCGCCUAGAAUCUGCCUCUGGUUGCACACAACAAUAUUAUCGCACAAAUCGAUUGAGUCUCUUUAGGAAAAGGGGACUAUUCAAAAGUGGAGAUUGUGCAAGAAGCGUGCGAUGGUAAUGAAAGUUCAUUCGAAAAACGUCCGGUGGAUGUGCAAGAUCUUGCCGAGAAGGAAGGCCCAUUAGAAAAGGUAACUAACCUGAAGUCAUUAAAUAAUAGUAUUCAACAAUAUGUUUUACAAUUGACAAGAAUUUUAUGUAUAUUUUUAGUUAAAACCAAAGAUGUUAAUAACUUUCUGAAAAUCAAAAUUUCGUAAUAAUUCCACGAAAUGGGAAAUAUAUAUCUAAAAAUUAUAUUAGAAAUGCUUUCUAAUUUUUCACCUUAUUAAAAUUAAUUGAAUUCCAUACUUUCUCACCAAUUUCCGAUAGAUUUGUAGCCAUUUUUCUGGGGCGGGGAGGGGGUCGCGUAUAACGAAAAAGUUCCAAAAAAUCUUAUAUGCUUUCUCUCACAUUGAUGAUAAAUUCAUCAUUGAUGAAUUUAAUUAAUCCAUUGUUGGAUGUCUCGAGAACUCCCCAGGCUAGUUAGGCACAUUUUCAAUGUCUGAGUUGAUGUACAGUAAAAAUACAUGUCUACUCUAUCUGGAUCAUGAAUUUCAAUUUCAAUAGUCUAAAAGCGUUGAAACCGUCAUUGCGAUUAUAGGGAAUUUGAAAACUGUUUUUUAGAAUGGGUUUAUAAAUAAUGUUCUUAUCAAUUCAGAUGAGAAUUCAUAUUCAUCAAUGAUAAAUUCAUCAUUGUUCGAAAUUGAAAUUUAUGAUCCAGAAAGAGUGGACAUGUAUUUUCACUGUACAUCAACUCAGACAUUGAAAAUGUGCCUUACUAACCUGGGGAUUUCCCGAGACAUCUAACAAUAAACGAUAUGUGUCGGAGCAGUAAAGCUAGACAAUAGAAGGGUUUCAGUGACACUUCUUCAGGUAGAAAUAGCAAGUCUGGAACAAUGCUAUUUUGUGCCAUCAGUUUACAAUGACAUAGAAAAAGAAAGAAAUUUCUUGGAAAAUAAUAUCCUCAUUUCCUUUCAUUUUUCAUGUGGUGGAACUGUAAAAUAACUUCCAUGAACCCCCACCCCUCGCCAACUACUUCUCCAACCUUUAAACUACCACCUCAGUGUCAGUUGGUGUUUAAAGUUAGUGCUUGCACAACUAUGAUAAUCCAGCGCGUCACCGUAAAGAGCAAUUUAGUUAAGUGGACAUCUGAAGACGGAUACAUUUAUAGAUUUAAGAGAAAGCUUAAAGAUCCGCAAAGCCACAAAGUUUUUUUAAUUUGUAACAGUAACGAUUGCAAAGGGUCGGGCCACGGUCUCUUCCAAACAAGUUACGAAGACAAACCCGAGGUUGGGGAGUUUGAAUUAAAAUCAAACCACACUCCUGGUGCGAAGUGUAAGGAUUUGAAUUUUUUAAAUGUGAAUCUUGUGAGGAAUAAAAUUCUCCAUCGAGCUGCACGAGAGAGCACGCCUAACUCGAUAAUAUUUCAAGAAGAAAUUGAAAGUGCUCUUCCCGGAGUGAGGGCAGCGUUAAGCUUCAAACAAAUGGAAAGAGCGAUGCAAAGAGCAAGACAAAAAGUGCAUCCAGGCACCCCACAUUCACUUUCAGAACUUGCCCAAAGCAUCUCAGACUGGAACGACAGAUAUGGAAAAUUGAAUGGGAAACCCUUUUUUCUUGGGAAAUUUGGAACAGAAAAUGAAGAAUGCCUGGUAGCUGUUGUCUCUGAUAUCGUUGACAACCAAUUCAAUCUCAACAGUGACUGGCACUUAGACGGAACUUUCAAAUGCCGGCCGAAAGAUCCUAAAUUUUGCCAACUGUAUGUGAUUAUGGCAUCUGCCUAUGGCAGGUCAUUUCCUAUAGUGUGGGCUUUGAUGAAAACCCGCACUGUCGCGGCAUACAAUGUCCUGUUUAGUGCUGUGAAAACACACAUUCCUGGUGUCAUGCCAACCCACAUAAUGAGCGAUUACGAGAAAGCACUUUGGACCGCUGUAAAGCAGAACUUUCCUGAAGCCAGACACUUGGGUUGCUGGUUCCAUUUCGCUCAGGCUAUAGAGCGGAAUGCAAAAAAAAUGGGAAUCACUUGUCGUGGUGAUGGAUGGAUAGUUGCAAAAAGAUUGAUGGCCACAGCACUUCUCCCAUACCAUCGUAUUGAAGAAGCUGUAAAUUUGAUCGAGGGCUUCGCUCAUUCCUGCAAUGAACCGGCACCAGCAAUGAAGCUGCUACAGUAUUUCCAACGUGAGUGGAUGGGUAAAGUUACGCCAAAAUCCUUCUCUGUCUUUGAGCAGAAUAGCCGAACGAAUAACGCCCAAGAGGCACUGAACAGGUGUAUCAAUAGAACGAUUCGCCCACAAGGGAAUACCUGGGAGUUCUGGAACGGUUUGAUGCAAAUAUCUUCAAAAGAGGCUCACUCCUUCUCACUGUUAAGAGAGGGGAAGGAGUGUGCCAGGAAGAAAAAACUAAAAUGGAUUCUCCAGGACUCCAAUCUCAAGUGCCUCGAUGAAAAACUAAGAAGAGGAGACAUAACACUCGCAGAAUUCAUUUCAACCGCGAGUUACCGGGUGGCAUCAGAUAUCGUCGAUGCUGAUGAGGAUGAGGACAUGGAAGACGACCCGGAACUCAUUUCUUUAAAUGAGUCGGAGGAAGAAGAAGCCUCAGAAAAUGAGUUAACUGGCAGCCUGAACGAACUGACGAACGAUGAAAAGUUCCAAAGUUACAGAACAAAUAAAAUUGUCCUCAAUGUAAACAGUAUUCAUGAUUGUCCGUCAGCUGGGUUCGUGAUGGAGCAGCUUGCUGAGCUUCAAGCUGACCUCACUGAAGCUGAGGAGGCUUGUGAGGACAGCGAUAGCACGUUGUGCUGGAACUGUGAUCAGUACAAAGCAACCCGGAUAAUAAUUCCAUGUGGACAUUGGGCGGGUUGCAUCAACUGCACCACAGCGCUUGUCAGCACGCCGCGACACUUUGUCUCAAUAUUUACAAAUGGCGAACAAGAAGAAGAAGAGCAAAUUCCUUUGCCAUGCAGAUGCCCACAUUGCCAAUGCAUUGUGGGCAAAUUCUUCCGUGUUUAUUAAGAAUUAUUAUAUUGUAUUUCUAUCGGUUUUUCUUUUAGUUUUUUAGUCUUUUCUUUUAAUUAGUCUCCUAGUUUUUCAGUUUAGAUUAUUGUCAAAUAAAUUUAUUAUUAUAAUUACUCUGUUCAUUCAGAUUUUUACUUUCAUUUCCCUAUUACCAUAGGUAAGGAAAGUAUUGCUUUCCAAAAAAAUCAAGGUACCCCAAUUUCUAAAUUUCUAUAUGUUUCAAGAUUCCCUGAGUUUUUUUGGGUAAUAAAGUGUUUUUUGGAUAUUGGUCUG